AUGUUGCAAAUUGAACAAGCUCUUGAAAAAUGUGGAAACAAUGGUUGGUACUAGAUAAGAUUAUUCUUAAUUUCAUCACUUCUAACUUUUAUCUUAUCUGCCUAAAUUAUGAGCGCAACAUAUAACUAUAUUGUUCCAUAAUUAUAUUGUAAUGGCUAAGUAAAUAUUAACCUUAUUAAAAAGAUGUGCGAUGAGGAUGAAAAAACUUGUUCAGAAAAAAACUACUCAAUUGAUCCUAAUUUUAAAUAUAAGAAUAUUGUAACAGAGUUUAGUUUAUUUUGCGAAAAUAGAAAAUUUAUUAUGAUUACAAGUACAAUCAACUUUCUAGGCUCAGUGAUCGGUGGCUCAAUUCUUAGCUAAAUAUCAGUAUUUAAAUUAUAUUAAUAAUAAGGAUUAUUGGGGAAGAUAUAAGACUCUAUUAUUAUCUUUAAUAUUCACAAAUUUUGGAUUUAUUGGAAUCUAUUUCAGUUAAAGUAUAAUAUAACUUAUCAUAUUUACUUUUUUUUUUGGUUUCUUUUAAAUUGGAGUCUACAUAAUGAUACCAGUAUUAAUUAAUGAAAUCAGUGGAUAUGAAAUCAAAUAGAUAUUAUCAACUGGAACCUUAGUUUUUUGGUGUUUAGGAGAGAUUCUAAUGGCUAUUUUAUAUUAUUUUAUUGAAAAUUGGAGAACUAUCUAUUUAUUUGUAAUUGUAAUUCCAGGUCUCAUUUCUCUAAUAUUAACAUGGAUUUUGGUUCAAGAAAGUCCAAAAUUUUUGUAUUAGAAAAAAGAUUAUGAAAAAGUAAAAUAAAUAUAAAGUAUCAAUAGACUCUUUAUGUACUUCGUUAUAUUGCCAAAGUAAAUGGAAAGUAAUUUGAUGAUCCAGCAUUAGAAUAUUCUUAAACGAAUAAUGUUAGAAACAAUUAUUCAUUUUUGGAUUUAUUCAAAUUAAGUCAAUUUGCAUCAUCUUCAAUUGGAUUUAUAUUAAUUUCAUAUGCUUUACAUUUAGUAUAUUAUGGUGGAUAAUUUGUGUUGUAAGAAAUAUCAAUUGGAAAUAUGAUAUAUCAAUUAGGCAUUUUUUUAGGAAUAAGUGAAUUAGUUGGUUAUUCUUUAAUUACAUAUUUGAUUCCAAAAUUGAAAAGAACCUUUUAUUAAAAACUUUUCUUUUAUAUAUAAAUUUUAGGAUGUAUAUCAUUUUUAUAUUAUGGAUUUACUUAAUACUAACUUUAAUGUCAGGGAUGUGUUGAAGAAAUAAUAGUGAUUUUACUUGUAAUUAAAUAUUUUAUUAUUUAGUGUUGUUUAAUUAGAUUCUUUAAUACUUUUGGAUUUGGGCUUUUAAGAUAACAUACUCUUGAAAUUUAUCCUACUUAAAUAAGAGGUACAGGUUCAGGAUUACUAUUCACAUUUGGAAUAUUAGGAUCAUUUUCAUCUUCCUAUAUGAUUGCUCUAGCUAACUAUAUCUAAUUUAAUUAAGUAGCUUUUUUGGGAAUUAUUUCAAUCAGUGGAAUAAUUGGAGCUUUUUUAACUAAAGAGACAUUCAAAAAAAGAUUGGUCGAAGAAAUAGAUGAAUCUUUUCAAAUCUUAAGUUAAAAUGAUGGAAUGCUUAAAGCUAAUUGA